CUCUACUUCUUCAUCGCUUCUCUUUUUCAUUUUAUUGCAAUUAUAUCAUCAAAGUAAGCAUAUGUAAUCAGUACCUCCCAUUGUAGUGGCAAAAAACUACAUGUUUCAUACAAAAUCAUGCAAAAAACUUGUAUAGCUGAUAUUGGUUUCUAUUAUAUCUCACUCUAAUAUGCAUUAGCAACUCCACAGCAUACAGAAUGCGUUCCAAAUACAGUUUGGUUGCACUUUUCCUGUUACUUCUCCACCCUGUGGUUCUCUCAGGACCUACCAAUGGGAUAAUUAGAUUUGGAUUGAAAAAGAACAAAUUUGAUGAAAGCAAAAUUCUCAAAGGACAUAUUGGUGAAGAAGGAACAACAUUGAGAGAUGAAAAUUCUGAUGAUAUAAGUAAUAUUCGGUUAAAGAACUACAUGAAUGCUCAGUAUUUUGGCCAGAUUGGUAUUGGUACUCCUCCUCAGAAAUUUACUGUUAUAUUUGACACUGGAAGUUCCAAUCUUUGGGUGCCUUCUUCCAAGUGUUACUUUUCAGUUGCUUGCUAUUUGCACUCAAGAUACAAGUCAAGCCAAUCUGGCACCUACAAAAGAAAUGGGUCAUCAGCUGAAAUCCAUUAUGGAACUGGGCAAAUUUCAGGUUUCUUUAGCCAGGAUCAUGUCAAGAUUGGAGACUUGAAUGUUUAUGGCCAGGAUUUUAUUGAAGCAACAAGAGAACCUAGCCUCACAUUUUUGGCAGCCAAAUUUGAUGGAAUUUUGGGGUUAGGAUUUCAAGAGAUAUCUGUUGGAAAUGCUGCUCCCAUCUGGUAUAAUAUGGUACAUCAAAAGCUUGUAGCAGAACCAGUAUUUUCAUUCUGGUUAAACCGCAAUACUGAUGAGGAACAGGGCGGAGAGAUUGUAUUUGGUGGAGUUGAUUCAGAUCAUUACAAGGGUGAGCACACAUAUGUCCCAGUUACUCAUAAAGGCUAUUGGCAGAUUCAAAUAGAAGACGUUCUAAUUGAUAAUUUAACAACUGGAUUUUGUUCUGCCAAGUGCUCCGCAAUUGUUGAUUCUGGAACCUCUUUGUUGGCUGGUCCAACGGGUGUCAUUGCUCAAAUCAACCAUGCAAUUGGAGCAGUUGGUCUUGUGAACCAAGAUUGCAAGGCAGUGGUUGCUCAAUAUGGAAAAACCAUAUUAGAUAAGCUGAUAAAUAAGGCUUUGUCACAGCAGAUUUGCUCUCAAAUUGGUUUGUGUGCUUUUGAUGGUACUCAAGGUGUAAGUAAGGGAAUCCAGAGUGUGGUUGAUAAAAACAUAGGAAAGACAUCUUAUAGUUUGAAUGAUGCUGGAUGCACGGCUUGUGAGAUGACUGUGGUAUGGAUGAAAAAUCGUCUACGAUUAAAUGAGACAGAAGAUCAAAUCUUAGCAUAUGCCAAUUCGCUGUGUGACAUGCUUCCCAGUCCAAAUGGAGAAUCAACUGUUGAAUGCAGUACUUUAUCAAAGAUGCCUAAUGUUUCGUUCACCAUAGGGGGAAAAGUGUUUGAGCUUUCCCCGGAGCAGUAUAUUCUUAAAGUGGGAAAAGGAGCCACAGCACAAUGCAUCAGCGGAUUUAUAGCAUUAGACAUUGCUCCUCCUCGUGGACCUUUAUGGUUGUUUUUUUAAUAACCGCAAUUGGGUUGGCACCACCAUACACCAUACAUACAAUAACGGAACUUGAAAGCAAACAUGAAAUGAAGGUUCAUUCCUUUUUGUAUUCUAUUCUUCUACUACACACUUUUAUCUCCUGCCUCCACCUUCUUCAUCAUUCCACCACACCUCUUUCCCCCUUCUUUUCCCACUUUUUUCAGUCUCACAAACAAAGCAACAAUGCUCAAUCUUCAAAUCACAACAAUCUCAUUAUCUACAUUUUUAUUUUAUUUUAUCAUAUUUUAGUUUUCUUUCCUUUUU